CAGGUAACAUCGAAAGGUGCCAGCUUAAAUCCUAAUGCAAAAGUAUGGCAGGAAAGCAUGCAAGGAAACUCUGAAGCUGCACCAGCAACUAAUGGCACUGAGCAAUCAUGGCAAGAAACAGCAGCUGUGCCGGGAAAUAGUACAGAGGGUAAUGCUGAGGUUGCAGAUGAUGGUGCUAAGCAGUAUGACACAAUGUAUUCAUCUUGUGAAACGUCAAACAGCUCAGGUGUUGAGGAAUCUGCGGCUAAUGGAAUGGUCUUGACACAUGAAGAGCUUGGAUACCAACUCUAUGAUGUUUCUGAUGAAGGCAGCCCCGUCAUUUCUCCGGAAGACUUGAAAGAAUGUUUGAAGAAACAAUUGGAGUUCUGUUUCUCACGUGAGAAUCUAUCCAAGGAUCUUUACUUGAUGUCUCAAAUGGACAGUGAUCAAUUUAUUCCAAUAUGGACAAUCGCCAACAUGGAAGGAAUUAAGAAACUGACAACUAAUAUGGAUCUAAUUGUGGAAGUACUAAGAUCUACUCCUAUAGUCCAAGUGGAUGAACGAGGAGAAAAAGUUAGGCCAAACCACAAACGAUGCAUUAUUAUUCUCCGCGAGAUUCCUGAAACAACACCUGUAGAGGAGGUAAAGGCACUGUUUAAAAAUGAAAGCUGCCCCAAAGUGAUAAGUUGUGAAUUUGCUCACAAUAACAACUGGUACGUUACAUUCCAGUCAGACACUGAUGCACAGCAGGCAUUUAAAUAUUUACGGGAAGAAGUCAAAACCUUUCAGGGCAAGCCAAUAAUGGCCAGGAUAAAAGCCAUCAACACAUUUUUUGCCAAGAAUGGUUACCGGGUAGUGGAUUCCAGUGUGUAUGUUCAACCUGUUCAAACACAAGCACAGUUUGCCUCACCACUGUUUAUGCAGCCUGUAUAUAGUCCCCAGCAGUACUCCAUCUACAGUAUUGUGCCUCAGACAUGGUCUCCAAACCCUGCACCUUAUUUUGAAACACCACUGGCUCCAUUUCCUAACGGUGGAUUUGUGAAUGGCUUCAAUUCACCAGGAUCGUACAAGACAAAUGCUGCUGGAUUAAGUAUAGCUCGCCCAUUCCAUAGAAACCGCGUGAAGCCUCAUUUCCGAUUGUCAAGUAGUUCUGAACAUUCUGCUGAAGGAACAUCCGCAGUCAGUGCUGUGUCCGUAGGAGAUGGACAACUUCACAGAGCCAGCUCAAGGAACUUCCAAACGGAACGGCAAGCAAACUCAUUGUCAGGACACCAAGAUCAAAGCUAUUCACCGAAGGAUUCUUCUGUUACACAGAUAGAGCAAAAUGGUGAUUAUGGCAUGAGCCGAGGCAGGAGAAACAUUUUCAGAGGUCGGAGAAGGCGGGAAGAUGACAGACUUGUGCGGCCUCCGCCUUCAGCUGAAACUAAGACUUUGACACCAAAGUUUGACUUGCUAGCCUCGAAUUUCCCUCCAUUGCCUGGCAGCAUGAUAAAAACACAAGGGGACCCAGUCUUAGAGAGUAGGAUGUCGGACGUUGUUAAAGGAAUAAGCAAAGAAAAGGAAAACAAAGAGUUGCCAGCCGAUUGUAAAACAUCUACUCAGGAAGAGCAGGGCCAGAGUACUGUUCAGCCUGUCAUGAGUGCCAGUUCUCCCUGUGAGAUUGAUGUUCCUGGAUUAAGUGCCACUCAACCAGAUAAGUUGGAAGAGGUCCAAGCGCAGAAAGAGGUUGCAAGCCAGACUUCGCCACCUUCACCUGUGUGCCCCCUCAGUACUGUAAAACCACCUAGGACAAACGCCACUUCAUCUACAACCAGUACGAACACGAUACCUACUGUGACAGUACAGCAACCCCGGAAGCUCAGCUAUGCUGAAGUCUGCCAGAAACCCCCAAAAGAGAUGGCUCCAGUUCCUGUUCAGCCGCUUAGGGAGCUGCGUACCAAUGUAACCUCUCCUGCCAAAACAGAAGAAAAUGGCACCCAUGAAAGAGCUGGAGAGAAGGCGUGCGAAAAACCUGAAGGACGGGUUAAGGACUUUGCGGUCUUCAGGGGCAACGGGCCUCCCAAGGGAGCCGCAGGAAAAAUCAGGGAACAGAGGCGCCAAUGUGGACGUAGGUCUUCUCCUCAGGGAGCGCCUCGGCGUGUUGGCAAGGAACAGUACGUGCCACCACGAUCACCAAAGGAAAAUUGAUCAAACUUUUUAUUUAAUCAUAACUAUGGACUAAUGAGCAGUAGAGGAGAAACUGGCCAGCUGUGAGAAAUUCAAAUGUGGGGAAAGCGGACACUGAAUUCAAGAGCACAGAGUUUGCGGUGUGAGAGUGCUUGAAGAGGUCCCAAUAUUCAUCUCAAAGUGAUAUAUAAAAUGCUGGAGGAAUUGAAUCAAUAUAAAUAUGAUAAAAGAUUAUAAUUUUUGUAACUUUUUUUUUGUUUUAAUUUGCAGCGGGUUUCCUGCCUGAAGGUAGAGUUUUGGGUUAUGAAUUAGUUUGUUGGAAAUGAGGAACAAAUACAUACACACGAUAGCAUGUUCCUCACCUGGAGAAAGAAGAGGCAAAAUAUUUUUUUCCCUUUUUUUUUCUUUUUUGAAAAGAGCAUUUCUGUAAAAGUUAUAAAUUACUUUUUAAAUCUAUUUAAUGUACGGCUUGUAGGAUGAUGUGUAUGCCAUUAAUGGCCUUGCAUUACAAAUCAGCCCCAAAACUGACAUGCUUGGUCAGUAUGAAUGAGUGUAGCCACAUACUUGUUAUGUCAUGAUUUAGUCACUGCUGAUAACUGAAUGUACUACUGUAGUAUUUUGUGUUUUGGAAAUGUAGUAUUUGAACUUACUAAUUUUGGUCAGCUUUUAAAACUCUGUUUUACUUUGGAUUAUACAAACAGCAAGAUUAGUAAACGAAUAGUGGGCAAGGUUUUAAUUUGUACUUGCUUUCCCCCUAAUUAGGGAUUGCAUUAUUUUUAUUUCCCCCCACUGCUUUAGUAUUUUUCUCUAAAUCUUUAUUACAGAAUUAUGCACAUCUAGCUGGAAUAGUCGUUCCAGUACUGAUGCAGGACUAAUACAGAAAAAGUGCACAGCAGUCCUUUUCUUGGUAUCACAUUUAAUGACCUUGGAUUUUCAUCUCUUCAGUAUGCUUAAUUGUGUAGAAGUGAGGCAAGUCAGUUUGAAGUUUGGCCUUGCUAUGAUACAUGGAUGGGCCUCUAGAGUGACUUGCAUUGAUAGAUACUGUAUAUUGAAAAAGCUCUUUCUACUGAAAAAAGCACUUCAUACUAUACUGGAAAUCAGGUUUUGUGUAGAGGGCAGACUUUUAAAACAGCAAGUUUGGUAACUAGGUUUCCUCGGUUUUUUAGAGGUGAUAGCCAUGGAAACUUCCAAGUUAGUCUGGAGAACAUUGGAGAGGAUUUUUACAUAGCUUUAUGUUAAUUAGAUUAACAACAUUGUGUAACGAGCAGUCUGGGUUAUAAGCUGGUAACUGUAGUAAGUCAUAAAAGGAAUAGGAAAGCUACAACAAGUUAAAUCUGCCAAAUCUGCAUGCUAGGGUUCAAAGUUCUGUAUUAAAGUGUUAGGGGAAAGUAUCUUGCAACAACAAAGUGUACCUUUCUUUAGUUAAUAGCAAGUAUAACAAAUCUAAAGUUGUUAGUUGUGAACACUGGAAAAUGCAGUUGCGAGAUACUACCACAUCCUAGUUUAUAUAUGCUAGUGAUAACUUUAAAAUGUCAGUGGCAGAUAAAUAAUUUAACUGUGAAAAUGUUCAUCUUCUGAUUUUCUUAGCCAGAUAACCCUUGGCAAUUUUUACUCAGUAGGCAUUCUCUAUCAAUGGCUUUGAGAACACUCAUAUCUAUUUUUAUAAGUAUAUAAAUAUAUAUAUAAAGUUAGAUUUGUCAUUUCUCUAACUUAUUAUUCAGCUUGGCAAUCACUUUUUUAUUUGAUUGAAAAGUGUAUAUGUACUUACAUAGUUGAUAUUCUUUUUUUCUAUGCAUGUUAUUAAUCAUUACUCAUUUUAAAGUACAUGUGCUGGGUUUGGCAGUCUUUAAAUUUACACAAAUCAUUGAUCACAUCUGUUAACACAGAAACCCAUUUUGGUUUACUCAUAAUGCUAUUUUUGUAUGGACAUAACCCACAAAAGGUGAAAAAUAUUUAAAAGUGUUAAGAACGCUGCAAAAUGUAUAGAAGAGUACUUCAAAAAUUCUUUAAGAUCAUAAAUCUAAUUACUGCACUUGGAUUGGAAAAAAAGGUUGAACUGUGACAGUUAUCCUUAGGGUAGACACGUAUUGUGACAUUACAAACUAAAGAUGUAUUUGAAUUUAUAAGAGCCGACAGGAAUUCUGGAAAUAUAUAUAUGGUUGUCUGUCAUUCAGAGAGAAUGUAGUUGCUUGGAAAGGGGCUAGUCAAAACAAAUUACCUGGCAAUGUGAGUGUGUGAAACCUAACCCUGCGUUAUGUAUCCACGUAUGGGUAGAAUCUUUGUUCAAAAGCAGAUCAACUUGAAAGUGUAGCUCUUUGCUUUUUUGGAUGUUAAAAAAACAGAGCUCACAAUUGCUUUCUUGUGAGUUAAAAAUCUUGACCUAUGGAAGGGAUGUGUUAUACACCCUGAGUGUGUGUGUGUGUGUGUGUGUGUGUGUGUAGGUGGGUUAUGGCUCUUGUGCAAUGUAUGUGUUAAGUGUGUAAAAACAGCUUUUUCCAGUGUAAAGUUGCUACUCUUGAGGGCUCAGUAUUUGGUAACUAUCAACUCAAUUAACAUAGCCUUCCCCCCCCCUCAAAUCUACUAUAAACUUUUAGGUUUAGAGGAAAUAACGAAGUAAAUGCAACUGUUAAAAAGAGCGCGGACAGUGUGUGCUGUUAACUUUUCUUGCAGUUAUUGCAUGAUUAGAAACUUAUCUGGGCUCACUAUUGCUCUUGUCCAUUCUCAGGCAGUGUCUUGAGUCUCCAUCCAUCAGUCUUCCCAUAUUACUUUGGAAACAAGAAACAACAUCUUUAGAACUAGAUUCACUGCUGGCAAUUCUGCUGUUUUAUUGUAAGAAUGUUGAAUGUGGCAGUGCUUGUUUUCUGCAUAGUUUUGCAUUAAAGUGUUAAUGGACAAAGCAUUCUUAUAGUUACUGGGAAAUUGAGGCAGUGAACAACAACAUGUGAACCCUUGUCCUUUGUCUAUUAAAAAAUACUGGAUGAAUGUAAUAUAUACCGGCAUAGCCUGUACUGGUAAAAUAACCAAAACAAGCAUUUUCAUUGUAAAUAUUGAAACAGUGGAGAUGAAGCUGAUGUUUGCAUUUCAUCCAUAAAACAUCAGUGUCAAAGCUGUCUACCUAAAUGCCAUUACCUUUCACCUUAAAGGUCAGUAAUGGACAGACAUGCCUGUUGAGUCUUAUCGGUUGAAAUAAUAAUUCAUUAUAAUGGCAAACAGCUUUCAGUUUCCUCAACUCUUAUUUGUUGGUGAUUUUAUGAGUGUUCUGAGUUUUCCUCCUUUCAUGGUUUUAGGAUUGGUAAAUAACUCUGGGUCCUAUUAUUGUACUUAUGUUCUGGAAGGGAAAAAGGGGGGAGAUACUCCGUUGGCAUGGAACUUAAUAUUCCUGCUUUCUUUUCUUUUCUUUGAUUUAGCUUGGCAGAAAGUGUGAUGCAGAUUUAGCAGUAGGUUAAACUAAACCCAUCUUACUGACCAGAAGAAAACUUAAAAGAUGAAACUGGGGCAGAUCAGUAGCAAUUAAGUGACUUAAGCAAUGCUUUUAUUGUAGUAAAAUAGCUAUGGCCUUACUAUUUCAUCAAUAUCGGCUAAAUGUCUGAAUAUGUUCGAUCUUUUUACUGUUACCCAAGUGAAUAUUCACAUGAGAAAAAAAAAUACCUGCUACAUGUGUACAGAUUUCAAAUUUGUAAAAUGCAGCAUUAUAUAGACAAAAUGCAACAGAAAUGCACUUUGGGUUGGGGGGAGCUUAAACUUUUGUAAAUUGUGAUUACAACAAAUAUGCAAUAGGUUUUUUUCUUUAACUUUUGAUAUUUCCUUCUGAAACAUAAGAUUGUUACCAUUAAUCUUUAAUGGCCUAUCAUGCUCUUAUGUGUGCGUAUGUAUGUGUGUUUGAGAGAGAGCAGAUAUUCUUUGUGUGGGUUUCCUUUAGGAUGGUACAUUUCAUUUAAAAAAUAUUCUUUGGAUGAAAGUUAGCUGGGUCUCCAGCCCUGGACUCUGGAAGACAUCUGAUGAGUGUAUUAAUGUAGGUUUCAGAGGAUAUUAAAUGGAAACUAAUCGGUCUUCAAAGUAACCUGUAACAGCUUCAAGAAUUUUAUAUUUAAUAGCUAGAGGGUGUGUGUUUUUUACAGAAGAUUGUCAUGGAUAAAAUCCCCCCCUCAAAUAUAUUUCUGAUGUAACUGGCUAGUGCACAAAUGGUUUCAGUUCUUCAGUCAAAACCACUCAGCUAUGUCUCUCCUGGAAAGGUUUGGUUUCUGAUAUUUAUAUUCUCACUUUUCUGUGAGACUUCUGUUUAAAAAAAAAGAAGUAGUAAUUAUCUGGAUUCUCUACUUUGUCAGUUUGGUUUAUUCCUGUUGUCAAAGCUGUCUAAAACAAAAAAUGUGUAAAGUAGGUUCAUGCUUAAUUGUUAAAAUUAUACAUGUAUUUGUAUUUGUUUUUGACAUUGCCAAGGUGCUAUGGGAAACUGAAAUAACCGUUAGAAGGAAAUAAUAAAAUCCACCUUAAAAAGACACA